CAAUAUUAUUACACAUCAGUACUCCUCUGUCAAAGAAGAAAUGAAGCUUUAUAUCAUCUCAGUCGUAUGUCUAGUUGUAUCAGUUUUUGGGACUAGGAAUAGGCGAACUGGACAUAGCGGAAAUGUUGGUACGUGGAAUGGAGGGAAUAGAGGAAACGGUCGAAAUAGUGGAAACGGUGGCACUUGGAAUGGUUGGAAUGGUGGACAUGGUUCAUAUAAUGGAAAUGGUGAAAAUGGUGGUACUUUCAAUGGUGGUAAUGGUGAAAAUGGUCGACAUGGUGGACAUGAUGAUACCUUGAAUGGUGUUAAUGGUGAUACAUUGAAUGGUGGCAAUGGGGCAAAUGGUCGGAUUGGUGUGAAUGGGGAUAGUUUGAAUGGUGGGAAUGGAGAAAAUGGUUCGAUUGGUGAAAACGGUGGGAAUGAAGGAAAUGGUUCGAAUGGACGGAAUGGUGUGAAUGGUGAUACUAGGAAUAAUGGAAAUGGAGGUCGUGGAGGAAAUGGUGGUCGUUGGAAUGGUGGAAAUGGAGGAAGCGGUCGGCAUGGAGGUCGUGGAGGAAAUGGUGGUCGUUGGAAUGGUGGAAAUGGAGGAAGCGGUCAGCAUGGAGGUCGUGGAGGAAAUGGUGGUCGUUGGAAUGGUGGAAAUGGAGGAAGCGGUCAGCAUGGAGGUCGUGGAGGAAAUGGUGGUCGUUGGAAUGGUGGAAAUGGAGGAAGCGGUCAGCAUGGGUGUCGUGGAGGAAAUGGUGGUCGUUGGAAUGGUGGACAUGGAGGAAACGGUCAGCAUGGAGGUCAUGGAGGAAAUGGUGGUAGUUGAAAUUGUUGAAAUGGCGGACAUGGUGGAGAACGCUAAAAUAUCUUGACUAUUUUUUUCUUUAAGUCACAAAACAAUAAAAUUUUUAAUGUGU